ACUCAUACACACAAUUGUUGAAACAACAACCAUUAGAAUAUGUGUUGGUUUCUCCUAUUUGUGUUUCUUAGUCUCACAUAUGGUAGUCUUUCAGAGACUAGCUACGACAAGAAACUUCCUUCUGCUAUUGUGGUUGGCACUGUCUACUGCGACGCAUGUUUUCAACAGAAUUUCUCUUCAAGAAGCCAUUUCAUUUCAGGUGCCUCAGUGGCUGUAAAAUGCAAAGUUGGGAAAUCAGUACCAAGUUUCAAUAAAGAAGUGAAGACAAAUGAGAAUGGUGAAUUCAAAGUGCAACUACCAUUCAAAGUGUGGAAACAAGUAAAGAGAAUCAAGGGAUGCACUUUCAAAUUGAUAAGUAGCAAUGAGCCUCAUUGUUCUGUUGCCUCAGUUGAUACCUCUUCUUCAGUGAAUCUCAAGGCAAUAAAACAAGGAGAACACAUAUUCUCAGCUGGGUUAUUCUCAUUCAAGCCUAUAAAAAAACCAAACUUUUGCAACCAAAAACCAAGUGUUCCAAAUUCAAAGGCACAUGUGAAAAAUGAAUUCCUUCCUAAUAUAGACCCUUCUACAUUAGAUAAAAAAUCAACUGAGGAUACCUUUUUCCCUUUCCCUCCAAUCCCAUUUCUACCUCCAAUCCCUUUUCUUCCACCAAUCCAGUUUCCUCCAAUCCCAUUCCUACCCCCAAUCCCAUUUCUCCCCCCAAAUCCAUUUCUCCCUCCAAAUCCACUUCUCCCAGCUCCAACCCCAUUUCUACCUCCCCAAGUUACUAAUCCAUUGCAACCAUUAAGCCCACCACCACUCUUCCCCCCAGUAUAACCACCAUACCUACGUCCAAAUAUCCCCAAGCCAUUUAAUCUUCUGAGGAUUCAAUAGAAUAUUAGCGGGGAAAACUAGUCAAUUUGUAUAAGCUUCCCAAUAAAUAGUUUAUAAGAAAGAAAAAUAGAGAGAAUGGC